AUGGACCUGGAGCGGAUCAAGCAAAACCUCCGCCUCCGCUCCGGUCGACCCAAGAAGCCUCGCAAACCUGGUACAGUGCAAUCGAACACUUCUGCUCAACUGAAGGGACCUGAUCCAGGCAAUGUCCCUAACGGUACCGUCAAGCAGCCCUCUCGAUCGACUACCCAGCUCAUACACGGUCCGGCCAAAGAAGAGCCAUCUCUCCGCAAUUGGGACUCGUAUACCGCCCUCCCUGAGUUCCCAACGCAAGACUCAACACGCCGGCCACAGACUAGCCACGGUCUUCUCCACGCUGCCACGAGUUCGAACAUAAAAAUUUCGCCUCCAGAGCAACCGUCUCGACUUGGUCGUUCAGGCAUUGAACGCCCUCGGAAGGCUCCUGCCCCGGCUCCCAGCUCUGAUCCACCUCCACCUUUGCAACAGACCAUGUCGGAAACUGACACCGGGCUCGCACUGAAUUCCGAUACCUCCGAUACCUUGGACUUUGACCUCCGGCCUCCUGCACCCCGACCCAAACCUCCUUCUGUUGAGUCGGUGUCCGAGUCAUUGUUUUCCCCAGGCCAUCUCAACGUUCUCCUCCGGCAUCCCCAGUAUUUGGCACAGUUCGCCUCUGUUGUGGCAAAAUACCGACCUCAGUACCAUCCAGUCCUCCUCAGAUAUCUUCAGACUCAGAAGGCCAUCAAAGCGGUUGAAUAUGCCAACGCUGUUGCUGAAGGAAGUCACCCGUUUGCCCAGGAUGAGAAAGACUCGUCCGACACCCUCCCCUCCACUGCUGCAACCCUCGACAGGGGUUUCGAAGAGUCGAGCACCUCUGCAUUUCGACUCUUAGUUGAUUCCGCCCUUCCCGUGUACAUUACCUAUAAUCUCGUGAAACUGAUCACCGAAUGUCUGACGAACGAGAUCACUGGCAAGCACUCACCACUCGUGAAAGAUCUGGUCGGAGGACUAUCAGAAGUGUUCUGUUUGACUGAUCCCAAUCAAGAAGACAAUCCCAUUAUUUAUGCCAGCGAAGAGUUUUAUCGAUUUACCGGCUACAGUCCGGAUGAUGUCAUUGGGCGAAACUGUCGGUUUUUACAAGGUUCAAAGACAAAGCGAGAUACAGUAGCGCGACUGAGAGAGAGCGUCGGCCGUGGCGAAGAUGCCUGCGAGACAAUACUGAACUACCGCAGGGAUGGGCGACCUUUUAUGAAUCUGCUCAUGAUUGCACCUCUCCACGACCACAAAGGCAAUGUCAAAUAUCACAUUGGCGCCCAGAUCGAUGUUACUCGUCUUCUUGAGCGAGGAAAGGUGCUCGAGGGAUUCGAGCGCUACCUGACCAUCCAAGAGAUCGAGAAGCGCGAGAGGGAAAUCAAAGGUGAUCUCAUCAAAGGGGAUGAACAGGGUCUGCGAAAGCCCAAAGCACUUGCAAAACUGCGUGAUUUGAGUGAAUUAUUCGAUCUUGAAGAGUCAGCAGUGAUACGCUCACACAGCAGGUCCACUUCAAGCGCAAGAGAAGAAGACGAUGAACACAGUGGUGGAAGUAGUCGUAAAGCAGCUCGACGUGUCUUCGGCACCCCCGAUCCCUCCUUGGGCAACGAGGACGGAGACACGGCAGAAAAUGAUGACCAUACAUGGAGAUUUGGUCAAUCGGGGCGGUCUGGCUUGUCCCGGAAGCUGCCUUGGGUCUAUGACAGUUAUAUGCUGAUUAGACCCGCGCCCUCACUCAGAAUUGUCUUUGUCUCCCCGGAGCUGCGACGACACUUUGGCAACAUUAUCCAGCACCCUUUUUUAUCUCAUGUGGCUGCUUCAAUACCCACUCUCGCGGGACUCAAAGAGAGCUUGGGGACAGGCGUUCCGGUUUCUGCCAAAGUUAGUUUGAUGUUGAACCCUGGCGAUCGAAGAGACGGUACUGUGACCCACCCCGGAAGUAGAUCCGAAGAUCCAGGAGCUAGUCGAGUCUGCUGGAUCUCUGCGACACCAUUACGGGGAAGUGAUGAUAAAAUUGGUGUCUGGAUGGUGGUGGUGGUUGAGAAGACCAAGGUUCCCACUACUAUUCCUCGGGAGGACAAAGCACAGGCGACCGCCAACAAGACCUCCACGUCUGCUCGACCGGAUCCACCAAAAAGGAUAGAUAUCCCGGUUCGGAGUUCAUCUCAGCGUCAAAUUCGAUCAGUUUCCCGAAGUGCAUCCCAAUUAGAUGUUGGCUUUGCAUACAUGCCUCUUAAACCCAAACGGAUUGAAGAGGUGACUGGAUGCGCCAAUGCGACACAGCCGACCGGACCACUAGUGAACGAUGGAAACACCGACAAGCGGACUGGGAUGCGAAUGGACGAAACUCCGCUUGGCGACGGUGCGAUGUGGCAGAGAAAUGCCGUGGAAAAGGAAGAUCUUAAUAAUAGUAAUGAUGAUGAUGCAGCAAAAAGGAUUCCACGGCGACCCGGCUCCGAGGGAACAUUGAUCCACCGUCCUGAAGUGCCAAAUGAUGAGUUCAUCAGAUCAAAAUCACGUCCUCGAGAUCUCCAAAGGUCACAACGCAUUCAUAUCCACCCUGGUAGCAACGGAGAACCCGAAGCACCCUCGACAUUGGAGCUGGAUGAUGCCCUUGACCAGUCGCUGGGAGACCAAAAGUCGACGCCGACAAGGAGGACCUUUGAUUCAGGGGAGAAUACCAUGCAACCCGAAGGAUCGAAUCACUUUCAGAACUUUUCUGAUGACGAAGCUACUCCAAGAGGGGCACAGAAACCGGAGUUCUCGGCCAACACGCCAUCUCCAUCACGACCUGGAACUGGUGGAGUUGACCAUUCGUCUGGAAAAACAAAUGGCACACACUAUAUGGACUAUAUCCGCCAUCCUGGCAGCAGACCCCCGUCUGAAUACAACCGAGUCAUGUCCGGAAGUGGAUUUCUCUCAUCUAUAUACCAUCCUGAUGAUGGCAAGAAGGAUUUGGUGGAUGGCCAAAGUGAAGAUUUCACUGAUCUUGUGUGUGCAAGAUCUCCGUACAGUGUUGAUUAA